CGUCGCCGCGAGUCCAGCUCGCAAGAGGAAGAGGUCAUCGACGGGUUCGCCAUUGCCAGCUUCAGCACGCUGGAGGCCUUGGAGAAGGACAUGGCCCUGAAGCCACAUGAGCGGAAGGAGAAAUGGGCACGGCGCCUCAUCAAGAAGCCCCGCGAGUCAGAAAACGGCCCGUCCGCAGAGCCGAGUGAGAACGGGCGGCCCCUGGAGGUGGGCGACCCCGAGCAGGACCUGGAGCCUGCCGCGGACCGAGGAAAGAAGGUCCCGCUGCAGCCCGCCAAGCAGAUGAAGGUUGCAGUGUCCAGAGGGGGCGACCGCAACAGCGAGGACGACAGCUUCCGCGAAGCCACCAGCUCCCGGCGGAGCAGCUCCCGGGACCAGCUCAGUGACAGCUCGGCGCAGGCGGUCUCGGGCAGAGGCUACUCCUGUGACAGCGAGAGCGACGGGGACGACAAGGCGUCCGUGGGCUCUGAGAAGCUCUUUGCCCCGGCAGCUGAUAAAGGCCCCACGCUGGGCGAGAAGUCGGAGGCCAAGGCGGGGUCCGCGCCCAAGGUCUCGGGCCUGGAGCGCAGCCGCGACCUCGGGCUGGGCAAGCACGCGUCCCUGCCGCCGCUCGGGCCGGGCGCCCACCUCUCUACCUCACACUUGGCGCUGCGCUCGCAGGCCCAGCACCAGCACCACGCGGCGGCCAUGUUCGCCGCCCCCGCGACACUGCCCCCGCCCCCGGCGCUGCCGGCCAACAGCCUGGUCAUCCCAGGACACCCCGCAGAUCGCGAGCUGCUCAGGCAAGAGCUGAACGCGCGCUUUCUGGUCCAGAGUGCCGAGCGGCCCGGCGCCCCGCUGGGCCCGGGGGCUCUGCUGCGGGCAGAGCUCCACCAGCACCAACACACACACCAGCACACACACCAGCACCAACACACAUUCGCCCCCUUCCCCGCGGGGCUGCCCCCGACAGGCCUCACUGUCCCCGCCCUUCCGUUCCAGUUCGACAAGUACCCGCCCAAGCUGGACAGCCCCUACUUCCGACAUUCCAGUUUUUUCCCGCCCGUCCCGGGACUGCCCGCCCUGCUCCCACACCCGGGCCCCUUCGGGUCCCUGCAGGGCGCUUUUCAGCCCAAGACCUCAAACCCGAUCGAGGUAACCGGCCGGGCCAGCGCUGUGCACACCCUGCUCCAGAAGGGCCCCGGGGUGUCUGACCCAUACCGGACGGCAGUCAGGAAGCCGGGGAAGUGGUGUGCGGUGCACGUGCAGAUCGCUUGGCAGAUCCACCACCAUCAGCAGAGGAUGAAGGUGCACCUGGACCCCCACAAGCUGGAGGUGGGCGCCAAGCUGGACUUGCUCAGCAGACCCCCUGCCCCGAGCCUGCUCGCGGGAUUCCACUACCCGCAGGACCUGGCCCGGCCCCUCUUCCCCAGCUCUGGUAUCACGCAUCCCGCCACCAACCAGCUUGGACCCUCAGCCCACCCCGGCAGCUUCCUGUCCACUGGUCACCUCACAGACCCUUUCAGCAGACCGAGCACCUUCGGAGGCCUGGGGGCCCUGGGCAGUGCCGCCUUCGGAGGCCUGGGCAGCCAUGCACUGACUGCAGGCGGCAGCAUCUUCUCUCACAAGGAGGGCUCCACGCUGCACAGCCUGCCCAGCCCCCACGAGGCCUGGAACCGGCUGCACCGCGCACCCCCCUCCUUCCCCACGCCGCCCUCCUGGCCCAAGCCCGUGGACUCCGAGCGGGUCUCGGCCCUGACCAACCACGACCGAGAGCUGGACAAGGGCCGUGAAGAGCGGGAGCGGGACCUCCUGGAGAAGACGCGCCUGCUGAGCCGGGCCUCGCCGGCGGCUGCCGUGGGCCACGCGGUUAGCGAAAUGGGCGUUACCGUGAGUCAGGUGCGGCUGCGGGAGUUCCCGACCCCAGAUGGCCGCCCCAAACCACCCUCUGGGGAGGCCUGCAGCGAGGUGACGCGAGUCAGAACUGAAACUGGCUCCAGAGUCCAUGCUCCCACCCGCAUGCUGCUGGCCCUGGCCCCCUGGACUCGUGGGACCUUGUCUGCCCUGCAAGUGCCUGGCUGGACCCCGACUGGCACCGCUGGGGGCCCUUAA